AUGUCUGUAACCAGUGGGAAGACAAAACCAUCCCUGACCCAGGAGAUCCUCAGCCACCUGGGCCUGGCCAACAAGACUGCAGCUUGGGGAACCCUGGGCACCCUCAGGACCUUCUUGAGCUUCAGCGUGGACAAGGACGUGCAAAGGCUGCUGAGGGCCAUUGCAGGCCAAGGUGUGGACCACAGUGCCAUCGUGGGUGUACUGACCAACAGGAGCAGAGAGCAAAGGCAGCUCAUCUCUCGAGCCUUCCAGGAGCGCACCCAACAGGACCUACGGAAGUCCCUGCAGGCGGCACUCUCUGGCAGCCUCGAGAGGAUCGUGAUGGCUUUGCUGCAGCCUGCUGCUCAGUUCGAUGCCCAGGAAUUGAGGACAGCCUUGAAGAGCUCUGGGUCUCCUGAGGAUGUGGCUGUGGAAAUUUUUGCCACCCGAAGCCCAGCCCAGCUGCAGGAGUGCCUGAUGGUCUACAAACAUAAUUUCCAGGUUGAGGCUGAGGAGGACAUCAAAUCUGAGACCAGCGGCAUCUUGCAGGAACUGCUCCUGGCCCUGGCCAAGGGGGGUCGCGAGAGCUACUCUGGAAUCAUCGACUAUAACCUGGUGGAACAGGAUGUCCAGGCAUUAAAGCAGGCUGAAGGGCCCAGCACAGAGGGCACAUGGGUCCUAAUCUUCACCCAGCGAAAUCCUGAACACCUUGUCCGAGUGUUCGAUCAGUACCAGCGGUGUACUGGGCACGAGCUAGAGAAGACCGUCCACCACAUCUUCCACGGAGAUGCUCAGAAGGCCCUGCUCAGCCUAGUCUCGGUGAUCAGGAACACACCGCUGUACUUUGCCGAUAAACUUCAUCAAGCUCUCCAGAACCUCAAGCCCAAUUACCAAGUCCUGAUGCGUAUCCUUAUCUCCCGAAGUGAGACUGACCUUCUAAGCAUCCGAGCUGAGUUCAAAAAGAAAUUUGGCAAGUCCCUCUACUCUUCUCUCCAGGAAGCAGUGAAAGGGGACUGCCGGUCAGCCCUACUAGCCCUGUGCAGGGCCGAAGACCUCUGAGGCCUCCCUGGGCUCCUACCCUUCCUACCACGCCAUGACAUCCAAGGAUCUGAGAGCCCUGUGUUUGGCUGAGCCUGCAGGAAAUCAGCUGGACCU